GUCAAUGUGUUAGCAUAUGUUUACCAUGGGACGUACGGUAAGCGUUACUAGCACCAGUGGUCGUAGUUCGGUGUUGGAUACACUGAUGCUGCGCCCUCCCACUGAGUCCUACGAGCGUUUGUCACAUGAUUUGGGCUAUACCUAUGCCGGUUUUGAUUGCAGCGUUCCCACGGUAAGCUCGGAUGCAUCCUCAGACUGUGAUGUUGAUUCUCUGGCAUCUACUGCGUUAUCUCAGGAUGACAAUUCCGAGUUUCGGACUCCUACAACUCGGGCUGAGCAGCUAUCGAUUUUGUGUUCUAGGAACCACCAUUCAGCUCCUGCGUGUUCCUUGGAGUAUAUCGCAAUGACAUCUAGUAUACGUUUACGGGUGGAGGUUGACCGUGAUUCGGCAAAGACUUAUGUCGAUAGUCCUGUUGGACGCAGGCACAGCCAUAGUACCACUGCAUCACCUUCAAGCAAGGGCUCACUAUCGUCUUUACGUCGUAUAUCGACCAACUCCGUCAGCGGUCACUGUGACGAUGUCUGUGUAAGAUUGACGACUAACUCGGAUACCCUAGGGAGCGUCACUGCUGACAGUGACUUCACGGUUUCCGAGGAUACUGUAUGUGCGUUGGCAGUUAUGCACAACGCGUCAGAGAUUAUCCAAGGCAAGUCUGUAUCGGAUAUGCCAUUAGGUCGUAUGGUUCAUCGUCGCUGUGUUGAUAUGGGUACAAGUCCUUUGAACAAUUCUGUUGGUUUUGAAUGCCGUUCCAUGGUUUCAUCUUCAUUACCAGUUCAAUGCAGUGUCGAUGCUAGUACGAGCCCGAUGGACUCUGCCCACAAGUCGCUGCCGGUUUAUAGUCGGAGCUUGUUAUAUCGUAUUCGCGUUCCUCUAGCUCAAAGGCUAAGGAACGCAUGCUCCAGCUUUAGCGAGAUUAGUGAGAGUAUUGGAGACAGCAGUUUACCCAUGGAUACUGAAUCCUUGAGCACAAGUGGCAGUAAAGUGGCUUCCGUGGAUAACAGGGAGACAUUAUCAACUCGCCUCUCUUCAGAUUCUGAUGUGGUUAUAUCCGAACCCGAGCCUGAGUUUACAUUCCUCAAGUCCAUGAGGUCUAUACCCUCCGAGGUUAAUCCCAAGCGGAGGCGUUCGAUAGACAGUUCGCAGGACAAGGGUGACUUAGUUGUUGGCGAGACUGUAUGGCGCCGGGGUUCUAUACACUACAUAGGCCCAGAACCUGGGGAGUCACGUACCAGGCGAAGGAAGAGUAACGUAGAGCAGCUGAGGCAGCUCUUGCUCAAGCACUACUACCUAUGUUCGGGAUCUGACCGUCGAUCGUCCAGGUAUUGAUCUCA